CAACCUAUAAUUUGGUGUAGUUACUACUUUUCGGUUCAAUCAUGAAGUGGUUCACAACUAUUUUCCUAUACCUGACGGUGUUAUUCGCGGCCGCGAUUGCAUUUUCAACUGAUCCUAUAGGAGGCCGUAUAAUUGGAGGUCAAGAAGCCCAGCGAGGACAGUUCCCAUUCCAAGCUGCACUCAGGAUCAACGUCACAGAUAGACCUACUUUUUCAACAUGUGGUGGCUCCUUGAUUGCCAAGGACUAUACCCUAACUGCCGCUCACUGUGUACUUAUCAAGGAUGUCAUGAAUAUCGAGGUGCACCUGGGAGCUCAUGAAAUUCAAAAUCUCGAUGAAGAUGGCCGACUUAGAGUUGUUGUUGAACCAGAGAAUUUUAUCGUUCAUAAGGAUUAUAAUUCGAGAUCAAUUGUAAAUGAUAUUGCCCUGCUGAAGCUCCCGGUGGAAGUAGCGUUCACAGAUAGAAUUCAACCGAUAGAUCUUCCAUCCUGGUCGGAUGUUAACGUCGAUUUCGAAGGCAAAGUCGCAAUAGCUUCCGGAUGGGGUCGUUACUCAGACAGUCUACAAGUCAUCUCCCCUGUCCUGAGGUAUGCUGAACUCCCAGUGGAGAGUCAGCGAAUCUGCAUGCACUAUUAUCAAAACUAUGAAAUCGUUACUGCCUCCAACAUUUGUACCUACACAGGCACGGGAAAAGGAACUUGCAAUGGAGACUCAGGUGGACCUUUGUCAUACACAGAUGAAAACGGGCGGAAAUUUAUUAUUGGGCUUACAUCGUUCGGAAGUGAUAUAGGAUGCGUAGAGACGGGAUGGCCGAAGGUUUUCACACGUAUCACAUCUUUCCUGGACUGGAUUGAAGCAAAUAGUAAUAUUAAAAUUAAACCAUAAGAAAUUACAGAGUUUAAGAGAUUUCAACUUAAAAGAUUAUAAACUGCUAUGGCCGAUUCAACAUCGAUUUGAGUUUUCCAAUUGCGAAUAAAUACGAAGUUAUUAACAUA